AUGUUGGCUGUCCAGAACAUGAAAGUUGGCCUUUUCCUUUUGUGGUGGCCAUGGGCUUUGGCUACUGAAAGCAGAGUGCACUGGCGAAAAAGAGACGUACAGGAGAUGUCGAAGAAAGGCAGCCCAGUUCUUAAACGCAGCCCGGAUAUUACCAAAUCGCCACUGACAAAGUCAGAACAGCUCCUGAGGAUAGAUGACCACGAUUUCAGCAUGAGGCCUGGCUUUGGAGGCCCGGCCAUUCCUGUUGGCGUGGAUGUGCAGGUGGAGAGCUUGGACAGCAUCUCAGAGGUCGACAUGGACUUCACGAUGACCCUCUACCUGCGGCAUUACUGGAAAGACGAGAGGCUGUCCUUCCCGAGCACCAAGAACCUCAGCAUGACGUUUGACGGCCGGCUGGUGAAGAAGAUCUGGGUCCCCGACAUGUUUUUCGUGCACUCCAAGCGCUCCUUCAUCCACGACACCACCACGGACAACGUGAUGCUGCGGGUCCAGCCCGACGGCAAAGUGCUCUACAGCCUCAGGGUUACAGUGACCGCCAUGUGCAACAUGGACUUCAGCCGGUUUCCCCUGGACACACAAACGUGCUCGCUCGAAAUUGAGAGCUAUGCCUACACGGAAGACGACCUCAUGCUGUACUGGAAGAAAGGCAAUGACUCUUUAAAGACAGAUGAGCGGAUCUCACUCUCCCAGUUCCUCAUCCAGGAGUUCCACACCACCACCAAACUGGCCUUCUACAGCAGCACAGGCUGGUACAACCGUCUCUACAUUAACUUCACGUUGCGUCGCCACAUCUUCUUCUUCUUGCUGCAAACCUACUUUCCCGCCACGCUGAUGGUCAUGCUGUCCUGGGUGUCCUUCUGGAUCGACCGCAGAGCUGUGCCCGCCAGAGUCCCUUUAGGGAUCACCACGGUGCUGACCAUGUCCACCAUCAUCACGGGUGUGAACGCCUCCAUGCCCCGCGUGUCCUACGUCAAGGCCGUGGACAUCUACCUCUGGGUCAGCUUCGUGUUCGUGUUCCUCUCGGUGCUGGAGUAUGCGGCCGUCAACUACCUGACCACCGUGCAGGAGCGGAAAGAGCGGAAGCCUCAGGAGAAGCUUCCCUGCACCUGCGGGUUGCCUCAGCCACACGCGGUCCUGCUGGACGGCAGCUACAGUGACGGGGAGGUGAACGACCUGGGCAACUACACGCCCGAGAACGGAGACAAGCCAGACAGGAUGAUGGUGCAGCUGACGCUGGCCUCGGAGAGGAGCUCCCCGCAGAGGAAAAGCCAGAGGAGCAGCUACGUGAGCAUGAAGAUUGACACUCAUGCCAUUGAUAAAUACUCCAGAAUCAUUUUUCCAGCUGCAUACAUCUUAUUCAAUUUAAUAUACUGGUCGAUUUUCUCAUAA